UCCGUUCAACAUCCGAAGCUUUAUUGACACCAUUCACUGUUCUUUGGUGUGCGUAGAAAUGGCGAAAUUGUUUGAGUGAACGUGAAUUACGAAUUUCUGUGGACUCCGAAAAAUAUAUCACGCGAAUAUUUUCGAAAUGGCUAGUGCAGCAAAUAUGAACGCUGUCCGGGAAACAAUGGAUGUUCUGCUGGAGAUAUCGAGGCUUCUGAACACGGGGCUUGACAUGGAGUCACUCUCCAUAUGUGUACGUCUCUGUGAGCAAGGAAUCAACCCGGAGGCUCUCUCUUCUGUUAUAAAGGAACUCCGCAAGGCCUCAGAAAGCGGAACGAGUUAAGAACAGAAGAAACGCGCCAGGAAGGAAACGUUCGGAGUGAUGCUAAACGCAUCAAACGGAUGAGGUGUUCUCGUACUUUGCAGGAUACCUCUUUGGUAGCGUUUCAGUUAUGCAGCAUGGUAAAGUAAUUUGCGUGAUGUGUCUUUGUGGCAGUUUGAAGCACUUGAAUCUGGUCAUUUUAAUCUUUCGUGUGAUGGUAAACUCCAUUACAUCGCUGUGUGCUGUCCUUGGCUGUAGCCGUUUUUUCAGUUGGCUUUCUCCAAAGUGCCGUCCUCAACAGCUUGAUGCGUCCCUGAGGUGGACGGUUCGGAACAGCAGUUGUUUGCUUGUCAACCCAAAACAAAACACAACACAAGGUCUUAACAAGGACUUUAACAACGGCACUCGCCUCCUGUUUGCGUGGUCCUUAGCAUCCAGCGAGAGCAGAGAACGUGGUCUGUGUUUGACGGGAGAUCUGUGUGCCUGUCCAGGGACUAUUCUUCUUUUAAAUGUGUUCCCCCCCCCCCAACCGACUCUCAGCCUAUAAAUGUUUUUGCUACAUAGAUUAAGUAUAUUUUCCAUCCAGUUGUUCUUUAAAUAACAAUGUUCUUUUGAUCAGAGUGUUUUUGGUAUUAUUUUUUGUGGCUGAUUUGAUGUGAUUAUUUUUAAAAUUGAGCAUAUCUUGAUCACACGUUUUGAAAAAAUAAAAUUAACUGAAAGUGUUCAGAA